UUCCACGUCACUGAGUUUACCAAGUCCAGCCUGAGAGCCGGUUACUGGUUUACAGUUCUUAAUAUUCGGUUCUUCAGUUUUCAGGCCUCAGCCAAAGUUUAAUGUAUUUUUCAUUAAUGGAGUAAUUUCAAGUGUAAACAUUUCAGUCGCUGGAAUGUUUUAAUAGCAUCUGCUUGCCCGUAUGUGGUAAUUAAUUAAUUUAUUUUCAGUCAUUAUCGCUGGCUGGCUAGCUAGCUAAAUCAGUUGAAAUUGAGUAGGCCGCCAUCUUGGAUGCGCACCCGUACAGGUACCAUCAUGGUGGACAAGAAUAUAUACAUUGUUCAGGGGGAGAUAAGUGCUGUCGUGGGUGCGAUUAAGCGGAAUUCCAGAUGGAGUACCCACACUCCUUUGGAUGAAGAACAAGAUCCACUGCUCAACAGCUUCAGCCACCUGAAGGAGAUACUCAACAAUAUUAAAGAGCUGUCGGAGAUCGAGCCCAACGUGUUCCUGCGGCCCUUCCUGGAGGUGGUGCGGUCCGAGGACACCACCGGCCCCAUCACCGGCCUCGCCCUCACCUCCGUCAACAAGUUCCUGUCCUACGGCCUUAUAGACGCCAACCAUGAGGGGGCGGCAGAGGGGAUCGAGAACAUGGCCGACGCCGUGACGCACGCCCGCUUCGUGGGGACCGACCCGGCGAGCGACGAAGUGGUGCUGAUGAAAAUCCUGCAGGUUUUGAGGACCCUGCUGCUCACGCCCGUGGGGGCGCACCUGACCAACGAGUCGGUGUGCGAGAUCAUGCAGUCGUGCUUCCGCAUCUGCUUCGAGAUGCGGCUGAGCGAGCUGCUGAGGAAGUCUGCGGAGCACACGCUGGUGGACAUGGUGCAGCUGCUGUUCUCCAGGUUGCCGCAGUUCAAAGAGGAGGCCAAAAGCUUUGUGGGAGCCAACAUGAAGAAGCUGAAGAUGCGCGCGGGCGGAAUGAGCGAGGCGUCCAAGUGGAAGAAGCAGAAGCGCUCGCCCCGCCCCCCGCGGCACGCGGCCCGCAGCGCCUCGGGCGUGGCCGAGCCCGGCGGCCCCGCCCCGCUCAGCAACAACCUCUCAGGCGGGGUCCCCUUCGUGGAGCAGCAGUCCGCGGGCCUCUCGGUGUCUGACAGCGUGACCUCCAUCUCCAGCCCCACCACCGACAGCGGCCUGGAGGCCUCCUCAAAGGCCACCUCCAAGGAGGACCUGACCGACCUGGACCAGAGCAGCUCCACGGCAACCACGCCCGCGACCACGCCUUCCUCUGAGCUGGGCAGGCUGGACAUACAGACGGAAGGGAGGCCGGUGGAGCACGCUCAGUCGGCCUCCGUGGAGUCCAUCCCCGAGGUUCUGGAGGACAGGGACUCCGUGGCGGAGCAGUCCGACUCGGCCUCGGUCCACGACAUGGACUACGUCAACCCCAGAGGUGUGCGCUUCACACAGUCCAGCCAGAGAGAUGGAGCAGCGCUGAUCCCGUACGGCCUGCCCUGUCUCCGGGAGCUCUUCCGCUUCCUCAUCUCCCUCACCAACCCCAACGACCGGCACAACUCGGACGUGAUGAUGCACAUGGGCCUGCAGCUGCUCACCGUGGCCCUGGAGGCGGCCCACAUCGCCCCCUACCAGUCGCUGCUGGGACUGAUCAAGGACGAGCUCUGCAGACACCUCUUCCAGUUGCUAGGUGUGGAUCGUAUCAAUCUGUAUGCUGCUUCUAUACGAGUGUGCUUUCUGCUCUUCGAAAGCAUGCGGGUGCAUCUGAAGUUUCAGCUGGAGAUGUAUCUGAAGAAACUGAUGGACAUUAUUACCUCUGAAAAUUCCAAAAUGGCGUACGAGAUGAAGGAAAUGGCCCUGGAGGCUGUGGUUCAGCUGUGGAGGAUCCCCAGCCUGGUCACAGAGCUCUACAUAAACUACGACUGUGACAACUACUGCUCCAACCUGUUCGAAGACCUCACCAAGCUGCUCUCCAAGAAUGCCUUCCCUGUGUCUGGCCAGUUGUAUACCACUCACCUUCUUUCACUGGAAGCCCUGCUGACUGUGAUUGACAGCACAGAGGCCCACUGUCAGGCCAAAGUGCUCAACAGCUCAUCUCAGCAGGACCAAUCAGACACACUCAUGGUGGAGGGGGAGGGCACAGUCAGCGACAGCCCAGACAUCCCCAGCGAAGCUGAUAGCCUGGCCAACACCACCAGUGCGCAGAAUGGCCCAGAGUCAGAGAGCGUGCCAGCGUGCCCACCCACCAGCGGGCACCUGAUGGCACAGAAGAUGCGUCUGGGGAGACAGGACCAGGAGGAGGCUGACCCUGCCGAGAAGAAAGCACCACCAAAGCCUCAACGCUUUUCGUGCUGUUUACCGGACUCUCAGGAACUUUUGGAGAUAAAAAACAAAAAGAAGUUGCUGAUCACGGGCACGGAGCAGUUCAACCAGAAGCCCAAGAAGGGCAUCCAGUUCCUGCAGGAGAAGGGCCUGCUGAGCAGCCCCAUGGACAACGGCGAGGUGGCCCAGUGGCUGCGCGACAACCCCUGGCUGGACAAGAAGAUGAUCGGCGAGUUCGUGAGCGACCGCAAGAACAUGGAGCUCCUGGACAGCUUCGUCAAUACGUUCGGGUUCCAGGGCCUGCGCAUCGACGAGGCCCUGCGUCUGUACUUGGAGGCGUUCCGCCUGCCCGGCGAAGCCCCGGUCAUCCAGAGACUCCUGGAAACCUUCACUGACAACUGGCAUAAAGUCAACGGGUCUCCCUUCAUGACGAAUGACGCCGGCUUUGCGCUGGCCUACGCCGUCAUCAUGCUGAACACCGACCAGCACAACCACAACGUGCGCAAGCAGAACAUCCCCAUGACCGUGGAGCAAUUCAAGAAGAAUCUCAAAGGUGUGAACGGCUCAAAGGACUUUGACCAGGACAUGCUGGAGGAUAUCUACAACGCAAUCAAGAACGAGGAGAUCGUGAUGCCGGAGGAGCAGACGGGCCUGGUGAAGGAGAACUACAUGUGGAGCGUGCUGCUGCACCGCGGGGCCACGCCCGAGGGCGUCUUCCUCCGCGUCCCGGCCGGCAGCUACGACCACGACCUGUUCUCCAUGACCUGGGGCCCCACCAUCGCCGCCCUGUCCUACGUCUUCGACAAGAGCCUGGACGACACCAUCAUCCAGAAGGCCAUCGCCGGCUUCAGGAAAUGCGCAAUGAUAUCAGCUCACUACGGAUUCAGUGACGUGUUUGACAACUUGAUCAUUUCCCUCUGCAAGUUUACGACGCUGAGCAGCGAGUCGGUGGAGAACCUCCCCACCGUGUUCGGGGGCAACGGCAAGGCCCAGGUGGCCGCCAAGCGUUUGGCGGCCAUCCACGGCGCAUCUGCGGAGGGCUGGAAGAACUCAGACUCCACGCAGUUGGCUUUUUUUUCCUCUCUCCCCCUGUUUCAGGUCGAAGACUUUGUGGAGCCCAGCGGAAAGAUAUCCCUCCAGAGAGAAGAGACGCCCUCGAACCGGGGCGAGUCGGCGGUCCUGAGCUUCGUGAACUGGCUGACGCUGAGCGGAGCCGAGCAGUCGGGCCUGCGGGGGCCCUCCACCGAAAACCAGGAGGCCAAGCAGGCGGCCAUACUGUGCAUCAAGCAAUGUGACCCAGAGAAGUUGAUCACGGAGAGCAAAUUCCUGCAGCUGGAGUCUCUCCAGGAGCUGAUGAAGGCUCUCAUAUCGGUCACCCCAGACGAGGAGACGUAUGACGAGGAGGACGCUGCCUUCUGCCUGGAGAUGCUGCUGCGCAUUGUUUUGGAAAACAGGGACCGCGUGUCGUGCGUGUGGCAGACUGUGCGGGACCACCUGUGCCACCUGUGCGUGCACGCCACGGAGAGCUGCUUCCUGGUGGAGCGGGCGGUGGUGGGGCUCCUGCGGCUGGCCAUUCGGCUGCUCCGCCGCGAGGACAUCAGCUCCCAGGUGAGUCCACCUGUACGCCUUUACACCUUCACACCACCUUUACGCCUUUACACCACCUUUACACCUUCACGCCUUUACGCCUUUACACCUUCACACCACCUUUACACCUUCACACCUUUACACCUCUACACCUUUACACUUUUACACCGCCUUUACACCUUUACACCUUCACACCUUUACACCACCCGGUCAGACCUUCACCGGAGGAGCAAGGGGGCUGGGUGCAGAGGUCAGGUCAAGGACGAUACGCAAUUUUAUAGCCUUCUUCCUCAAAGUUUUGGGAUCAUGUCUCUCCUGGCUGGACUGAGUGCAUCGGGCGGGGUCAAGCCUCCCGCCUCCCUGCAGGUUACCGCCAGCCCGGACAACGACACGGGUGCCCAGUCGGACAGCGAGCUGUCGUCCUACCACCCCAGCGAGGUCAGUCUCGACCGAGGCUACACCUCCGACUCGGAGGUCUACACGGAGCACGGCAAGUCCAGGAUCCCGCGCUCCGUCACCGACAUGGACGUGGCCAGCAGCGGAUGGCUGGUGGUGGGCAAGGACGACCUGGAGACGGGCAGGCUGCUGCCCCCCGGGUCCAAGCCCCUGGCCUCGCCGCUCAUCAACCAGUACAGCCUGACGCUGGGCCAGGACAUGGGCCUGCACGACACCAAGUCCCUCAUCAAGUGCGUGGAGUCCCUGUCCUUCAUAGUGCGGGACGCCGCCCACGUCACGCCCGAGAACUUCGAGCUGUGCGUCAAGACCAUCCGCGUCUUCGUGGAGGCCAGCCUGAACGGGGGCUACAGGACCCACGAGAAGAAGAAGAGCCACAAGAGCGACUCCAAGUCCAGCCGGCUGCGCAAGAAGCCGCGGGAGAAGGAGGGGGCGGCGCGGCGCGCCAAGGCCUCCAGCCAGCGCCCCUCCCGCUCGCACAGCGACGAAGAGGAGGACGAAGGCGUGCCCGCCAGCUACCACACGGUGUCAUUACAGCUGCUGGACCUGAUGCACACCCUGCACACGCGAGCUGCCAGCAUCUACAGCUCCUGGGCUGAGGAACAGCGACACCUAGAGGCGGCAGGCAGAAAGAUCGAGGCCGACUCUCAGACGCUGUGGACCAGCUGCUGGUGCCCGCUGCUGCAAGGAAUCGCCUGGCUGUGCUGCGACGCACGGCGCCAGGUUCGCAUGCAGGCCCUCACCUACCUCCAGAGGGCGCUGCUGGUGCACGACCUGCAGACGCUGGACGCUGUGGAGUGGGAGUCCUGCUUCAACAAGGUGCUCUUUCCUCUGCUGACCAAGCUGCUGGACAACAUCAGCCCUGCGGACGUGGGGGGCAUGGAGGAGACCAGGAUGAGAGCCUGCACCCUCCUGUCAAAGGUGUUCCUGCAGCACCUCUCUCCUCUGUUAUCCCUGCCUACGUUUGCGGCCUUGUGGCUCACGAUUCUGGACUUCAUGGAUAAGUACAUGCACGCCGGAUCCAGUGACCUGCUGCUUGAGGCCAUCCCGGAGUCCCUGAAGAACAUGCUGCUGGUGAUGGACACGGCGGGCAUCUUCCACAGCGCCGACUCGCGCACGGGCUACUCCGACCUGUGGGAGAUCACGUGGGAGCGCAUCGACUGCUUCCUGCCUCGCCUGCGGGAGGAGCUCUUCAAGCAGGCCGUCAUGCCAGAGCCUGUUUCAAGCGUGCCAGCGGACAGCCCCCAGCCGCCAGUCCCCUGCCACCCCGCCCCGGUGCCAGCAGCCCCCGCCGAGCCAAAGGCCCCCAGCAGACCAGAGUCACCCCAGGAGCCACCACGUCCACCCAGUGCCAACGGAACAGACAGGUCAUCUCCAGUCCCGCCCUCCACGCCGCCCAUCCCCAGGCCGGCCAAGAUGAGCGGCGGCGACGCCCCUCCGCCCCUGAGCCAGUCUCCCCUCAUCCUGCAGCCCCUGGCCUCCCCGCUGCAAGUGGGAGUCCCGCCCAUGUCCCUGCCCAUCAUCCUAAACCCCGCCCUCAUCGAGGCUACCUCCCCCGUGCCCCUCCUGCCUGCCCCCCGGCCCACCGACCCCACAGACGGUUCCGAAGUCAAAUAGAGCGGGGGACGUGCGCCCACCAGCGUGCCGACUUAAAGAAUUAAUCAUCCUCCGCCGAACAGGAAGUGACAUCUCGGCACUUCCUGUCAGAGCAACUAUAGACUACACUUGCAUGGCCAUUUUAGAAUUUGUCGUCUCUCAGCCCCAAGCUUUGAUGCUCACCCUACAUUAUGUUCCCUUGGGCUGUGGUGCUGCGAUCUGUGCUGAGCUUUCUGUUUCCAUUUAAAUCAUCCAACCUCCCCGCAGAUACGACACUGCAACAUGAAGCUGCCCUUGAAUGUCUGCACAUUUUGUCACAUGCAAAUAAUGUAUUAAAUAUCAUGCCAGUUGGGGGGAAAAAAAAGGCCAGCCUCACACCAAUUAAAUCAUGCCUGAUUUACUCCUUACGAUAGACGGAGGGGAAAAUACUGUGUCAAAGAUAUAACCAUCAUAUACCACUUUAUUAGUAUGCUUGAGCUUUGCAUUUCUUCGGCGAUUUCUUGAAGGGAGUUCCCAUGGAAUAAUUUUUUGGUCACAGUACUGCAUGUCGUUUAACAUACACUUAUGUACAGAAUCCAGGCAGCAGGUGUACAGGGAGGAAUCAGGGCACUGAGGCUGUGGAAGGAAGAUGGCUCAUCUACAUAUCAAAGUGUGUUACAUCUCUUAAGAGGAUUACAGAUUUAAUUGUAUAGAAAUACAAUCCAUACCUAGUUUAUAUAUUUUGAAAAAAAAAAUUUAAUUGGGAUUUUUUAAAGUUGCAUGACUCGUGUAAGUCCCAAAGUUCAGCUUAGAAGCGACAGCUGAACAAAUGUGUGUUGAUUCAGGUUGCAAUUGCAAUUCAGUGUUGCUUACUCUUUAGGGGGGAAAUCCUUUCGAAGUCGAUUACGUCUGUGCUAGAAACAAAGCAGUUUAUUGGGAAUGAGAAAUAAAAUAACAAGCGGUGGAAGAACACUUAACCCCAAGAGUGGCAGAGAUUAGCUCAGCUUGGAAGAGCAAAAACAAGAUGCCAUUAUUAUUAUUACUAGCCUACAUCUAGAACAUUCCAAAUAUUUACGAGUCACGCCAGUCUGUCGUGGCUGAUGAAUGGCGGUUUUGUGUGUACAGAUCUUGAUGUUUCUGAUUUUAGCGAUCAGGCUAGAUUUUAUCCAGAGGUCUUAAGAUUAUUUAAAGAGUAUAGUAUCAGAUAUAUUUUGUUAUGUACCUGGGGUGUGUUUGUCCGGUAAGUGUAAUUGAGUGCACAGGCGUGGCUGUUUGCAUUGCUCCAAACAAGCUAUACGUGAGUUCGGAGAAAGAAGUCCAUAGCUGGUAACUGCAGACUUUUAACAUUAGUUCUACAUGUCUGCUCUCGCCAGUAUCUAUGUGGAAUGAGUUUGCCCAUUUGACUCACUCCUGUUGAUUAACUGAAUAAUCUAGUGCUUUCAGUACACAAGGCCUAACUUUAGAGGCUGCUGUAGGGACACCUGGGAGUAGUACGAGUUGGAAUUGGAAUUGUUGGUGUGCAAAUAAAGCAGUUUGACUUUAAAUGAUUAUGUGAAAGGUGAAAUGGGAAUUUUGUUUGUUUUUGUUAAACGUACAUGGUGAGCAAACAACCUUGACUGACUCGAUCUGAAGUUUUUGGGGAGGUUUUUUUUCUUUUUUUAGGUCAGGCCAUAUUUGGCUUUAAUCAGUUUAUGCUAACAGUAGCACAUUCCCCUCCCCUGAACGUGACUGUACAAGGUCUGCAGCUUGAGCCAGCCCGCUAUGGAUACUCCACAAAUGAAGGUUUUAUUCUGGCAGUAAUUACAGAGAAAAAACAAUGAAUGGCUUUUUGUCUUUGUGUUCUUUUUUCAAACACUGGAAAUGUCGUAAUAGAAAGUCUUUUUACCGACGGCUUACUAUCGCACCCUGACCUUUUUCAUCGGAAUUCGAUUUGAUCUGCAUUUUGAAUCAUGCUGUUAUCUUCCCCAUUUACAACUAGGAUCUCACUCACUUUUAUUUAUAUGUGUAUUUGCAAAACAGUUUUGUCAAAGCACAGGUUUGAACAGACAUCCAGGACUGGAAACUGCCUUACAUUACACAACACAAAUUGGAAAGACGUUUGUGUGACGUCAUGACGCUAAGAAGUGGCCCCCUUCAGUCCGUGGGAGGGAUAAUCAUUUUGUAAAACCGUGUUCCUUUGUUGUACUGCAUUGUUAGAAAUGUCAGGAAUUAAUUCUGGAGUAACAGAAAAUUACAUGAAAAUAAUGUAUAUAUAAAUAAAUGGCAAUGUACUUUUUACAGUGUAAUAAAUAUAACGUCAAGAA